AUAUAAUACAUAUAUUAAAAAUUAAAAAAAAAUGAACAAUCAUAAAUAAGAUUAUGAUGCAGUGUUAAAAUUUUUAGUAAUUGGUGAUUCUGGUGUUGGUAAAACUUGUGUAUUAUUAAAUUAUUGUGAAGGUACAUUUACGAAUGUACAUUUAACUACUAUAGGAAUAGAUUACAAGUUAAAAUAAGAAGAAAUAGACGGAAAGCGUGUUAAAUUACAAAUUUGGGACACUGCGGGAUAAGAAAGAUUUAAGACUAUUACUGUCAAUUAUUAUAAGGGUGCUAUGGGUAUUGUUCUUGCUUACAGUGUAACUGAUCCUAAUAGUUUCAAAAAUAUUGCUGAUUGGAUGAAAUAAAUUAAUGAACAUGCUGAUGCUAAUGUUAAAAAAAUUAUUAUUGCAAAUAAGUGUGAUAUGAAAGAUGAUAGAAAAGUUAGUUAAAAGGAAGGAGAGGAAUUAGCUGAAAAAUAUGGCGUUAAAUAUUUCGAAACUUCUGCUAAGGAUGGAUAGAAUAUUGGUGAAGCAUUCAAAUCUAUUGCAAAAUAAGCUUUAGACAAUAUAGAUAUAAGUAAUAUGAAAGGAGCUGGUAUUAAUGUACAUGGAAAUAAUGCUAAUAAUAAAAAAAAGGAUGGAUGUUGUUGA